GCGGGUGGCGAUGGCGCCGGGUGGCUGGCGGUGGCUGCGCGGUCUGUGGGCAGCGGGGCAACCCCUGUUCCAGGGCCGUGCGCUUCUCAUCACCAACACUCUGGGCUGCGGCGCACUCAUGGCAGCUGGGGAUGGCGCACGCCAGUCCUGGGAGAUCCGCACCCGACCUGGCCAGAGGUUUGACCGGCGGCGCUCAGGUGUCCGUCACCCCCAAUCCCUGGGAUCUCUGCUAUCCACCGAGGAGCCUGGAACGGCGUCUGUCUGGCGCCAGCAUGUUUAUGGUGGGCUGCAGCAUGGGCCCCGUCCUGCACUACUGGUACCUGUGGCUGGAUCGCAUACUCCCUGCAUCGGGCCUCCGAGGCCUCCCAAACAUCCUCAAGAAGGUCCUCGUGGAUCAGCUCGUCGCCUCUCCUAUGCUAGGCGUCUGGUACUUCGUGGGCCUCGGCUGCCUGGAGGGCCAGACACUGGACGAAAGCUGCCAAGAGCUGCGGGACAAGUUCUGGGAAUUCUACAAGGCUGACUGGUGCGUGUGGCCCGCUGCGCAGCUGGUGAACUUCCUCUUCGUGCCCCCCCAGUUUCGGGUCACCUACAUCAAUGGUCUGACGCUAGGCUGGGACACAUACCUGUCCUACUUGAAGUACCGGGUCCCCGGCCCUCUGACACCCCCAGGCUGUGUGGCCUUGGGCACUCGAACGGACUGAGCUGCCUAACACCCAGGACUAGAUCCCUGCUCUAGACAGGGCGACGGCGACUAGGAGCUGCCACGCCUCCCGUCAGAAGGGGAGUGGACUCCUGAAGCAGGCGGGGUCCUGGGGCCAUGUCCCAGGCAUCUAGCUGAACUCCCUUCCAAGCUCACAGCGGGCCAUUUCCCAUCUGGAACACAGCCACCAGAUGGACAGUUGUCCCCCAACCCUUUUCACUGGAAGCCUAAUAAGACCUGUGACCAAGAUGUCCCACCUGCAGCACAGGGCCUCAGCCAGCCAGCUGGUCCCAAGCACCAAACCCUCACCACUGCCAAGGCCUGGCUCUGGGCCACACAGCCACACUGGGGCUUUUCCAGGCCCCUGGGGACCAAGGCAAGGACAUGGCCGAUCCCCUUGGAGUAGGGUCCAGCCUGGAGUCAACUCCAAAAUCUUCAAGCAGGACACGGAGCCUCCAGGUCGCUUCUUUCGUCGUGAACAGGGAAAUUCCAUUAAAUUCUCUCUGUAAUUGAAA